AUGUAUCAGGCACAGAUUACAUUUACACCAGAUACAGUGUGUCCCUGGACAUAUAUAGCCAAGAAAAAGCUGGAUCGGGCCCUCACCCAAUUCCGCUCCUCUCCUGCAUCCUCCUCCAUCACUUACACCCUGCAUUUCGAACCCUACCAACUCAGUCCAAGCUUCCCGUCAGGCUCAGUCAACAGGAAAGAAUGGUACUUUGAACACAAGCACAAGGGCAUAGUCGAGGCAGAGGCCGCCUUUCAGUCGCAGCUACGCAGGCGUGCCGAGUCGGUGGGCAUAGAUUUCAGAUUCGACGGCGCCAUGGGAAAUACCUUUGACGCACAUCGCGUAAUCCAGUACUUUCAGCAAGCCAAGGGCUCUGAGGCGGCCAACAAGCUGGUUGACGCCCUUUACGCGCGGUAUUUCGAGCAAGGGCUGCAUCCUUCAGAGGAUGAGAUGUUGAUAGCGUCUUGCGUAGAAGCGGGCAUUUCGGAGGAGGAAGCGAAAAAGGUUGUGUUGGAUAAGGAGUUGGGUCUGAAUGAAGUGCAGGCCAAGUUGAGCGAGAUUAGGAGAGAUGUAGAUGCGGUGCCGGUGGUUGCGAUUGAAGGGAAGAAGAGGGAUAUCACGCUGACGGGGUCAAAGGAGAUUGAGGAGUAUUUGAAGGCGUUGGAGAGGAUUGCCAAGGAGAGCACUUGA